AUGGGGCCAAUGUGGUUGCUGUCGACUUUCCUAGUCUUUUUGGCUGCCCUAUGUCUUGCUGAAACCAUCACCCUUAGAAGCCCAGCCGUGCGCGACAAUGCCCUUUCCGCCCACAUCGACGCCAGAGCCAAGGCUGGUCACCGCCUUUUCCGUACCCCAAAGAACCAUGUUGCUGGAGAAGAUAGCGAUGUUGAAGACGUACAGCUCCUCGACAUCGUUCUAGUCGCCUCUGUCGACGGGAAACUGCAUGCGCUGAACCGAUCUUCUGGCCAAACACUCUGGUCAAUGUCGUCUUCCCCACUGGGCGCACCUUCCACUCUCGCACCCCUAGUUCGCACAACACAUGCCACCGUCGACCCAGACCUCACAGACGAUGAUUUCGACCACCAAGAACUCUAUGUCAUCGAACCUCAGACUGGAGACAUAUAUGUUAUGGCAACCCCCACCAGCCCUCUUCAGCGUCUGUCCUUCUCCAUGUCCCAGCUCGUUGACAUGUCGCCGUUUAGCUUCGCAAGAGAAGAGGAUAAACGCGUUUUUGUUGGAAAGAAAGAAACUUCUUUGCUCUCGGUAGAGUUGGAGACGGGUAGAGUGAGAGCUAUCAGUUCAGAGUGUCCCUGGGACCCCUUCGAGGAUCUUACUUCGCACGACGAUUUGGAAGUAGAUCUAGACGAACUGGAGGAUGUCCUUCCUCCCAAACCAAAGUCAGGCUCAACCGAAGUGUUCAUUGGACGCACCGACUAUCACAUUUCCAUAUAUACGCGCCCUUUAAACCCUUCAGGGCGCAGGGCUCCAGUCCAAAAUCUCUCAUUCUCAACGUACGGCCCCAACAACCAGGACAACGCACUACAAUCGUUGUAUCGUCGGACUGCCGACGAUACAUACAUAGAUUCACUUCCAAAUGGACGAAUAUUCUCUUUCAAGGCUCGCAAUUCGGACAACCCAGAAUCAUAUAUCAGACGAGACCCGCAAGCUCUCUGGGGGCUGUCUUUUGAUAAUCCUAUUGUAGCCGUUUUCGACAUUCUUACUAGCCCUCAUCGACCCCAACCGUUUGUGCUGCUCCAACCUCGCCCUGCCAUCGAAGAUGUUUUACGUGGCGUUGAUCCCGCUUCAGCUUUGACGCUUAAUCAGAUACUUGACCCCGAUGCAGCUUAUGUGGGCCUAGUGGAAGAGACUGGUUCAUUAUUUGUCAUGAGCGCUGAGCGCUUUCCCCUAAUCGCAUUUAGUGACACACAUUAUAGUCCUGGCCUCAAACUCAUCGAUCCACCAUCAGACUCCGAUACAAUCAGGGAUUUACCAGAUAAAAUCGACGCUAUUACGCAGUCGAGGAAACAUCGUGAGCUAUGUGCGAGCGAUCCUUAUAAUCGGAAAUGCUUGACUGGCAAGCGUCCUCUCGAUUCAUCCGGUCACAGUAGCCGACAACUCCCAGGUGUUCCUUCCGUUCUUCUUCCACCAGGGCAAGGCACAGAUAGUGAUAAUAGUGUCGACACCGACGGGACACUGCCUCGUUUGUUGUCUGCUGCGGUAUCCUUCUUGCUUGCUUUAGUCGUAGGCACGGUUUGGGUGAUCAAGACCAAAGCUAUCCGCAUAUACGUUGCUUUGGAGCCCAAAGAACAAAUCAAGCACCCUCAGACACCUGUCGGAACACGCCCUGCUAUCUCUCCUCCCCAAGCGUCUAUCAUUGAGGCCAGUUCAGCUCCUUCUGAUAUACCAAAGGAACCCCUUAAUACCCAGGAUGUGCGCGAAGAUGGAUCGCAUGAGAACAAAACACCCCAACAAGUUAUAGCUGUCAUUGAUACGGAGCCACCAUCAAUCGCAGCAGACUCCCUCAAACCUGCCGUGAAGUUUGCCGAGACUUCGGAAGUACCUCAACUGAUCGAUGGCGUUGCAGAAUCCCAAAAAGAGAAUGGAGAUGCAGAAGAGAGCGAACGGGAAGGAGAUGGGGAAGUGGAUGCUACUCCCAAGAAGCGGAAGCCUCCCAGGAGAAAGAGGGGAAAGAAAGGCAAAGGCACCUCUGCAGCAAACGGAGGGAACAUUGAUGAAACGGAAAAGGAUGAGAUACCAGAAGAAGGACGUGGAAAGGAGGACGGGAUAAUGUUGGAACAGAGGGAUGCCGGGGGAUUGCCGCCUGCGACGUUGGUGAUAACGCAAUCCCCGGACGUUCCUUCCACCGUGCCUUCAUUAGUCGUAUCAGACACAAUUCUUGGUUUUGGAUCUCAUGGUACCGUGGUUUUCAAAGGAUCACUUCAAGGUCGUUCAGUAGCUGUGAAGCGACUACUCCGAGAUUUUGUCACGCUUGCAUCACGAGAAGUCAGCAUUCUCCAGGAAUCAGACGAUCAUGCAAACGUCAUUCGAUAUUAUUACCAAGAAACUCAUGCCAACUUUCUCUAUAUCGCACUUGAGCUGUGUCCAGCUUCUCUGGCGGACAUCAUUGAAAGCCCAGACCAGUUCCGCGACAUCGCCAUCGCUUUCGACCCAAAGCGUGCACUUCGACAAAUUGCGUCUGGAUUGCGCCACCUUCAUUCUUUGAAAAUCGUCCAUCGCGACAUCAAGCCACAAAACAUCUUGGUAUCCGGCCCUAAAAAAGGUGCAGGCAAGGAUGGUGGACACCGCAUGCUUAUUUCGGACUUUGGGCUGUGUAAAAAACUGGAUGUAGACCAGACGAGUUUCUUGCCAACGGCUCAUGGCGCGAUGGCGGCCGGUACAGUCGGGUGGCGGGCCCCUGAAAUUUUACGUGGCGAGGUGAAACUGGAUGAUACUAUGGGUGACGAUCAUUCGCAGUCGUCUCGCGGUAGCGUUGGGACGUCAUCCAAUGGUACUGCUACCGGAAAACCGACACGAUUGACAAAGUCUGUGGACAUCUUUGCGCUGGGAUGCCUGUUCUUUUAUACACUCACUAACGGUGGACAUCCCUUUGGCGAUCGCUUCGAGCGAGAAAGCAAUAUCUUUAAAAAUUCAAAAUGUCUUGACGGACUGGAACGUUUUGGGGAGGAAGGGUCAGAAGCUGUAGAUCUGAUUUCGUCUAUGCUAGACCCUGAAGCCUACAAAAGGCCAGACACGACGACAUGUCUCCUCCAUCCGUUCUUCUGGGAUCCUGCACGACGUUUGACUUUCUUGCAGGAUGCUUCUGACCGGUUUGAGAUCAUGUGUCGUGAUCCACGAGAUCAAAAUCUUAUCAUUCUCGAAACCGGCGCGUUCGACGUCGUUGGCAACGACUGGCACUCGCGCCUCGAUAAAGGGUUUAUCGAGAACCUUGGAAAAUUUAGAAAGUACGAUGGCAAAUCAGUACAAGAUCUAUUACGGGCUCUACGAAAUAAGAAACAUCACUAUCAGGAUUUGCCAGAUAAUGUCAAGCGGAGUCUGGGCCCUAUGCCAGAGGGAUUCCUAUCGUACUUUACUCGUCGUUUUCCUCGCCUCUUCCUACACGUUCACAGCGUCAUCUCUGAGACGUCACUGCAUCACGAAUCGAUGUUUAGAUCAUAUUUCGAGUUGGCUGACUGAUCUGCUUUGCAUGUUUAUAGGUCUUGUAGGACUUGAUUGCGGUGGUAGGACUCACUAGUAUUUAUUGUACUCUCUAACUAAACACUUGUUGUAUCUGUAUGUUGCUGCUCUGCAUUUUGCUAUACUAUAUGCGACGAAUAUCAUUAUAAAAACAAUACAAUAGAAGUUCUCCAAACCAUGGCCCGGAAAAACUAAGAAAAUCAAUCAUGCGUAAUCGUCAUGAAUGAAAAACGAAAAAAGUAAUGUACACGAUCCCGAUUGUCCUGCUGGUUCAUUUGUUUACAGAUAAUCCAAGUCCAGUGUCAUAGCUGCCCAUCACAAUUAAUUGUGUCCAACAGCAGCUAAAGCGAUAACAAACACCACAGCGAUCACGACACCACCUGCCACAGCUGCCACCCUACAACGUCUAACCCAUGGGUCCAGAGGCUUGUGCACGUUCGGCCUCAAGAUAGUUGGAGUGGAUGAGAGCCCAGCGGUACUGUUUAAUGGGGGCGCGAGGCUUGCAACGGAGGGAGCAACGAAUGGGUAGCCGUUGUGAAUAAGACCGCUAUAAGAAUUCAAUGUGACGGUACUUUUUCCCUGGGUCCAUAAUGGCAACAAGUGCUUGCUUCUCGAUGCAC